AGCAUGUCGCCUAUAGUCCACGUUGUUGGCCCAGAGCUACCAAAGGUUGAAUUGAGUUAUAUCGAUGGAGAGCCAAGAGGUUAUUGGAAAUUUAUAAGGCAAUUUGAGACGUAUGUAGCAUCAAGAGUCACGGAUGAUAGCCAGCGCUUGCUCUAUUUGAUACACUACUGUAAGGGCAAGGCUAAAACAGCUAUUGAAGGUUGCGUCAUGAUGGAGGCAUCCUCUGGCUAUAAAAGAGCAAGGGAGAUUUUAAAACGUUUUUCGGACAGCCUCACGUAAUUGCUCGAGAAACACUAGAGGACUUAUUCAGUGCUGUGAAUUUUGAGUAUAUUGACGGGGAGCAACUAUCAAAUUUGGCUAUUAAAAUGGAAAACUGUGCCAUGGUCUUGGAGCAGAUGAAUUAUACUUCUGAUCUAAAUUCCUUAGUUACCUUGGAAAGAAUAGUGAGACUCUUGCCUCAACCUAUGCAAGCCCAGUGGGCGGACUGGGUGGAUAAAUUGACUGAAGAUAACAGGGAACCGACCUUCGACGAGCUCACUCAGUUUAUCGCAUCGCGUGCGAGAGUGGCUUGUAGUAGAUUUGGACGGUUAGCAAACCGUUCUAGAAAAGGACAUAACGUGAAGACGAACUGUCACGUGCAAUCAGAGCAAGGGAAUAGUUCGACAAUGAAAACUAAAUGCAGUAUGUGUUCGUACGACCAUGCCAUUGAUAAAUGUCCACAGUUCUUAGUGCUUACAGUUCAAGACCGAUGGUCUCACGCUAAAAGCAAGGGUAUCUGUUUCGUCUGUCUUAGACAAGGACAUAAGGUUAAUGAAUGUAAGAUGACAAGGCUCUGUAAGGUUGACAGUUGCGGGAGGAGACAUCACGCUCUGCUGCACACUGACUCGACAAGCAACGUCGUAAAUGAUAAGCCAUCAUGCCCGGAAUAUAGGAAAAGAGUUAUUAAUCAUACCAGUAAGAUACAGACACUAGAGAACGAAAUACGUAAGCCUUAUGACGUAGAGUUUUCAGAUGCUUAUUCAAGUGAUAAACCAUUAUCAGUAGACGACAAGGUGGCUAUAAAGAUUGUGGAAGGUGGCACGCGCUUCGGCAACGGUCAUUUUGUAGUUUCUAUACCUUGGAAAAAGAAUCCAGAUAUGAAAGUGGAUAACUAUGAAGUAGCAAACCGUAGAUUACAAAGUUUGAAGGGUAUGUUGUCGAAGGAUGUCAGUCUGCACAUCAAGUAUAUCGAAAGUACUGAAAGUGAUUUUACUAAGACUUAUGCGGAGAGGGUCUUUGAAAUAUAUCUGCAGUCUUAUUAUCGCCCUCGAUGGUAUUUACCUCAUCGUGCAAUAUUAAACAUGAAAAACCAGAUCUUAGAGUGGUCCUUGAUUGUGCCGCCCAGUUUGCAGGGGUUCCCCGAAAUGAUAUGAUUUAUCAAGAACUCGAUACUACCGUUGAGUUAAUGUGUAUAUUAUUAAGUUUUCGCAAGGAGGCAGUUGCAAUCCCUGCAGAUGUUGAAGAAAUGUUCAUGCAAGUGAAUGUCCCUGAGUCUGAUCGAGGAGCUUCAAGAUUUCUGUGGUGGCAGGAGGGGGACAUGUCGAGAGGACCGUCUGAGUUUCAAAUGACAACUCAUGCAUUUGGUGCCACAUCAUCGCCCUUUCGUGCGAACCUUGCCUUGAAUAAGACGGCCCAAAUAUUCUCUGACGAUUAUGAUAGUUAUGUCGUAGAUACUGUCAAGAAUAAUUUCUAUGUUGAUGAUUGCUUGAUAUCUAUUCCCACUUGUGAUCAAGCAAAGAGUUUCGUUAAGCAUAUAAGUGAAUUAUUAUGUAGAGGAAGUAUGCAAAAAAUGACCGAUCUUGAAUCUUGGUUCAAAUGUCCUAUUUUAUUGCAUGGCGAGUUUUAUAUAACAAUCACUGACUGUACGGAACCUACUCUUGACGAUAUUGAGUUUAGAAAAACUGCUGUGGUUAACUUGAGUAGUAUAAAGUACAACAAGACACCUGUUCUCUUUUAUUAUUCCGAGUGGUUGAAAUUAGUCAGAGCUGUAACCUGGUUUAAAAGGUUCAUCGAAUUCCUGAUGGUACUUCGUUUGCCGAGUUGUGAAGGACCCGUUCAUCUAGGAUGUUUAAAGGUCAAAGAGCUUGAGAUUGCCAAGCGUAAGAUUUUAUUGAUGGCUCAGAGAGAAGUGUAUGGAGAAUUACUUAGUGAAUUUAAAAACAGCAGUAAAGUAGUAAGCCAUGAUGGUCUGAAAGGUUUAUCGUUGAUAAUGCUUGAUGGGUUACUCUGCGUUGGAGGUCGACUAAGAUACUCAGAUUUCCCAAAUGCUUUUAGAUAUCCAGUAAUUUUACCUAGUCGACACUUAGUGACGGAAAUGAUAAUUAGACAUUGUCAUAAAGAACAAGGACACGUAGGAAGAUCAUUAGAAAAAGGGUAUGGAUAUGUGUUUACUUGUUUGCAAACAUGGGCAGUACAUAUUGAAAUGAUGUGUAGUUUGAUUACUGAUUCAUUUUUAAUGGCUCUAUUACGUUUUAUUGGAAGAAGAAGGAAACCUCCAGAGAUUUACAGUGUCAGUGCGUCAAGCUUCGUGGGGACAGUUUCUGAGUUAAGCAAGUUUGUGCAGCAGUCGAAUCAGAAGAUAAACAUUGAAUUGUCAGCGAGGCCCUCAUCCAAAAGCAUGGGUGGAGUUUGGGGAAGAGUGAUUAGGUCUAUAUCACGACUGUUAUUGUUCAUCAUCAGAGAACAGGUGAAGCAGGCCUCCUUGAAGCUUUGGAUUAGUCUUUGUUGUUAUUAAUGUAGUUAGGUCGAGUAGGCGUACUGUUGUAAGUCCUACUCGUUCCUAUGGUGUGAUAUGUUAUAUAAUGAACCAUGACCGUAGGCAUCAAGGUAGCUUGUGCGGUAUGGAGGGAUUUUGGGGGCCGGUGUAAGAUCCAUUUUGAAUGUGUUGUGUGUUGGUGAAAAUCCCUCCAUGUAUAUACUUGUACUUUAUUCCUAUUGAUCACAUUAGUUGUACAUUGUUGUAUUUUGAUUACAUUUGAAUUGUUAAUAUUUGUAUUUUUGUUAUAGUUUUUGUUUUUAUUACGCAUUCACUAAGUUUGUGUUUCUUCCUGAACUGCAUCUGCGUUGUUUUACUUGACACUUGUUCUUGGCGGUAGCCAUAUUGAUUUGUUCCUCCUGUUGUGUGUGAUCUAUCCAGUCAGGAUAGAAUAACGUUCAUUUGUUGUGAUUGGUAAUUUUUCCUCAUCUUCUAUCAACUUCUUUAUUUAUUGUAAUUUAGAUUUAAUUGAUUGAACAAUCAUUGGUUGAAUAGCCGGGUGAUAAUAUUUGUUUAGGUAAUGAUUUACAUUAAAUUUAUUAUGAAUUAUAGAACCGCUAGUUACCCGAUUACUUGUUCUGAUUUCGACGGGAAAGGGCGCAUGUCUAAAGUCCCUGGUAGGCUAUUCUUCAACAUCCAAACCGUAGUUUGGAUCCUACAGUUCUAAACAAUUAUUACUUGGCCGAAAUCCUUUGGUAAUCGUUCACGGAUUUUCUGGAAAUAAUUGGUCGUGUCGCUUAUAAUGCCAGUUAAUCGUCGAAGGAGAUCAGGCUCAAAGUUCGUCGAUGUUAACGAAGAAUCCCCUAUUGUCAAGCAAGUGCCUUUUGACGUCCUUAAGGGUCAUGGUUCAGACUUAAAUAGGGUUAAUUAUCAUGGCAGUGAUUCUAGCCUUAAUUCGAUGUCAGAUGAUGUAAAAAUCUUAGUUUAAAGGAGGAGCAAAGGCCUGAAUUACUAGGAAAGAGCAUGUCGCCUAUAGUCCACGUUGUUGGCCCAGAGCUACCAAAGGUUGAAUUGAGUUAUAUCGAUGGAGAGCCAAGAGGUUAUUGGAAAUUUAUAAGGCAAUUUGAGACGUAUGUAGCAUCAAGAGUCACGGAUGAUAGCCAGCGCUUGCUCUAUUUGAUACACUACUGUAAGGGCAAGGCUAAAACAGCUAUUGAAGGUUGCGUCAUGAUGGAGGCAUCCUCUGGCUAUAAAAGAGCAAGGGAGAUUUUAAAACGUUUUUUCGGACAGCCUCACGUAAUUGCUCGAGAAACACUAGAGGACUUAUUCAGUGCUGUGAAUUUUGAGUAUAUUGACGGGGAGCAACUAUCAAAUUUGGCUAUUAAAAUGGAAAACUGUGCCAUGGUCUUGGAGCAGAUGAAUUAUACUUCUGAUCUAAAUUCCUUAGUUACCUUGGAAAGAAUAGUGAGACUCUUGCCUCAACCUAUGCAAGCCCAGUGGGCGGACUGGGUGGAUAAAUUGACUGAAGAUAACAGGGAACCGACCUUCGACGAGCUCACUCAGUUUAUCGCAUCGCGUGCGAGAGUGGCUUGUAGUAGAUUUGGACGGUUAGCAAACCGUUCUAGAAAAGGACAUAACGUGAAGACGAACUGUCACGUGCAAUCAGAGCAAGGGAAUAGUUCGACAAUGAAAACUAAAUGCAGUAUGUGUUCGUACGACCAUGCCAUUGAUAAAUGUCCACAGUUCUUAGUGCUUACAGUUCAAGACCGAUGGUCUCACGCUAAAAGCAAGGGUAUCUGUUUCGUCUGUCUUAGACAAGGACAUAAGGUUAAUGAAUGUAAGAUGACAAGGCUCUGUAAGGUUGACAGUUGCGGGAGGAGACAUCACGCUCUGCUGCACACUGACUCGACAAGCAACGUCGUAAAUGAUAAGCCAUCAUGCCCGGAAUAUAGGAAAAGAGUUAUUAAUCAUACCAGUAAGAUACAGACACUAGAGAACGAAAUACGUAAGCCUUAUGACGUAGAGUUUUCAGAUGCUUAUUCAAGUGAUAAACCAUUAUCAGUAGACGACAAGGUGGCUAUAAAGAUUGUGGAAGGUGGCACGCGCUUCGGCAACGGUCAUUUUGUAGUUUCUAUACCUUGGAAAAAGAAUCCAGAUAUGAAAGUGGAUAACUAUGAAGUAGCAAACCGUAGAUUACAAAGUUUGAAGGGUAUGUUGUCGAAGGAUGUCAGUCUGCACAUCAAGUAUAUCGAAAGUACUGAAAGUGAUUUUACUAAGACUUAUGCGGAGAGGGUCUUUGAAAUAUAUCUGCAGUCUUAUUAUCGCCCUCGAUGGUAUUUACCUCAUCGUGCAAUAUUAAACAUGAAAAACCAGAUCUUAGAGUGGUCCUUGAUUGUGCCGCCCAGUUUGCAGGGGUUCCCCGAAAUGAUAUGAUUUAUCAAGAACUCGAUACUACCGUUGAGUUAAUGUGUAUAUUAUUAAGUUUUCGCAAGGAGGCAGUUGCAAUCCCUGCAGAUGUUGAAGAAAUGUUCAUGCAAGUGAAUGUCCCUGAGUCUGAUCGAGGAGCUUCAAGAUUUCUGUGGUGGCAGGAGGGGGACAUGUCGAGAGGACCGUCUGAGUUUCAAAUGACAACUCAUGCAUUUGGUGCCACAUCAUCGCCCUUUCGUGCGAACCUUGCCUUGAAUAAGACGGCCCAAAUAUUCUCUGACGAUUAUGAUAGUUAUGUCGUAGAUACUGUCAAGAAUAAUUUCUAUGUUGAUGAUUGCUUGAUAUCUAUUCCCACUUGUGAUCAAGCAAAGAGUUUCGUUAAGCAUAUAAGUGAAUUAUUAUGUAGAGGAAGUAUGCAAAAAAUGACCGAUCUUGAAUCUUGGUUCAAAUGUCCUAUUUUAUUGCAUGGCGAGUUUUAUAUAACAAUCACUGACUGUACGGAACCUACUCUUGACGAUAUUGAGUUUAGAAAAACUGCUGUGGUUAACUUGAGUAGUAUAAAGUACAACAAGACACCUGUUCUCUUUUAUUAUUCCGAGUGGUUGAAAUUAGUCAGAGCUGUAACCUGGUUUAAAAGGUUCAUCGAAUUCCUGAUGGUACUUCGUUUGCCGAGUUGUGAAGGACCCGUUCAUCUAGGAUGUUUAAAGGUCAAAGAGCUUGAGAUUGCCAAGCGUAAGAUUUUAUUGAUGGCUCAGAGAGAAGUGUAUGGAGAAUUACUUAGUGAAUUUAAAAACAGCAGUAAAGUAGUAAGCCAUGAUGGUCUGAAAGGUUUAUCGUUGAUAAUGCUUGAUGGGUUACUCUGCGUUGGAGGUCGACUAAGAUACUCAGAUUUCCCAAAUGCUUUUAGAUAUCCAGUAAUUUUACCUAGUCGACACUUAGUGACGGAAAUGAUAAUUAGACAUUGUCAUAAAGAACAAGGACACGUAGGAAGAUCAUUAGAAAAAGGGUAUGGAUAUGUGUUUACUUGUUUGCAAACAUGGGCAGUACAUAUUGAAAUGAUGUGUAGUUUGAUUACUGAUUCAUUUUUAAUGGCUCUAUUACGUUUUAUUGGAAGAAGAAGGAAACCUCCAGAGAUUUACAGUGUCAGUGCGUCAAGCUUCGUGGGGACAGUUUCUGAGUUAAGCAAGUUUGUGCAGCAGUCGAAUCAGAAGAUAAACAUUGAAUUGUCAGCGAGGCCCUCAUCCAAAAGCAUGGGUGGAGUUUGGGGAAGAGUGAUUAGGUCUAUAUCACGACUGUUAUUGUUCAUCAUCAGAGAACAGGUGAAGCAGGCCUCCUUGAAGCUUUGGAUUAGUCUUUGUUGUUAUUAAUGUAGUUAGGUCGAGUAGGCGUACUGUUGUAAGUCCUACUCGUUCCUAUGGUGUGAUAUGUUAUAUAAUGAACCAUGACCGUAGGCAUCAAGGUAGCUUGUGCGGUAUGGAGGGAUUUUGGGGGCCGGUGUAAGAUCCAUUUUGAAUGUGUUGUGUGUUGGUGAAAAUCCCUCCAUGUAUAUACUUGUACUUUAUUCCUAUUGAUCACAUUAGUUGUACAUUGUUGUAUUUUGAUUACAUUUGAAUUGUUAAUAUUUGUAUUUUUGUUAUAGUUUUUGUUUUUAUUACGCAUUCACUAAGUUUGUGUUUCUUCCUGAACUGCAUCUGCGUUGUUUUACUUGACACUUGUUCUUGGCGGUAGCCAUAUUGAUUUGUUCCUCCUGUUGUGUGUGAUCUAUCCAGUCAGGAUAGAAUAACGUUCAUUUGUUGUGAUUGGUAAUUUUUCCUCAUCUUCUAUCAACUUCUUUAUUUAUUGUAAUUUAGAUUUAAUUGAUUGAACAAUCAUUGGUUGAAUAGCCGGGUGAUAAUAUUUGUUUAGGUAAUGAUUUACAUUAAAUUUAUUAUGAAUUAUAGAACCGCUAGUUACCCGAUUACUUGUUCUGAUUUCGACGGGAAAGGGCGCAUGUCUAAAGUCCCUGGUAGGCUAUUCUUCAACAUCCAAACCGUAGUUUGGAUCCUACAGUUCUAAACAAUUAUUACUUGGCCGAAAUCCUUUGGUAAUCGUUCACGGAUUUUCUGGAAAUAAUUGGUCGUGUCGCUUAUAAUGCCAGUUAAUCGUCGAAGGAGAUCAGGCUCAAAGUUCGUCGAUGUUAACGAAGAAUCCCCUAUUGUCAAGCAAGUGCCUUUUGACGUCCUUAAGGGUCAUGGUUCAGACUUAAAUAGGGUUAAUUAUCAUGGCAGUGAUUCUAGCCUUAAUUCGAUGUCAGAUGAUGUAAAAAUCUUAGUUUAAAGGAGGAGCAAAGGCCUGAAUUACUAGGAAAGAGCAUGUCGCCUAUAGUCCACGUUGUUGGCCCAGAGCUACCAAAGGUUGAAUUGAGUUAUAUCGAUGGAGAGCCAAGAGGUUAUUGGAAAUUUAUAAGGCAAUUUGAGACGUAUGUAGCAUCAAGAGUCACGGAUGAUAGCCAGCGCUUGCUCUAUUUGAUACACUACUGUAAGGGCAAGGCUAAAACAGCUAUUGAAGGUUGCGUCAUGAUGGAGGCAUCCUCUGGCUAUAAAAGAGCAAGGGAGAUUUUAAAACGUUUUUCGGACAGCCUCACGUAAUUGCUCGAGAAACACUAGAGGACUUAUUCAGUGCUGUGAAUUUUGAGUAUAUUGACGGGGAGCAACUAUCAAAUUUGGCUAUUAAAAUGGAAAACUGUGCCAUGGUCUUGGAGCAGAUGAAUUAUACUUCUGAUCUAAAUUCCUUAGUUACCUUGGAAAGAAUAGUGAGACUCUUGCCUCAACCUAUGCAAGCCCAGUGGGCGGACUGGGUGGAUAAAUUGACUGAAGAUAACAGGGAACCGACCUUCGACGAGCUCACUCAGUUUAUCGCAUCGCGUGCGAGAGUGGCUUGUAGUAGAUUUGGACGGUUAGCAAACCGUUCUAGAAAAGGACAUAACGUGAAGACGAACUGUCACGUGCAAUCAGAGCAAGGGAAUAGUUCGACAAUGAAAACUAAAUGCAGUAUGUGUUCGUACGACCAUGCCAUUGAUAAAUGUCCACAGUUCUUAGUGCUUACAGUUCAAGACCGAUGGUCUCACGCUAAAAGCAAGGGUAUCUGUUUCGUCUGUCUUAGACAAGGACAUAAGGUUAAUGAAUGUAAGAUGACAAGGCUCUGUAAGGUUGACAGUUGCGGGAGGAGACAUCACGCUCUGCUGCACACUGACUCGACAAGCAACGUCGUAAAUGAUAAGCCAUCAUGCCCGGAAUAUAGGAAAAGAGUUAUUAAUCAUACCAGUAAGAUACAGACACUAGAGAACGAAAUACGUAAGCCUUAUGACGUAGAGUUUUCAGAUGCUUAUUCAAGUGAUAAACCAUUAUCAGUAGACGACAAGGUGGCUAUAAAGAUUGUGGAAGGUGGCACGCGCUUCGGCAACGGUCAUUUUGUAGUUUCUAUACCUUGGAAAAAGAAUCCAGAUAUGAAAGUGGAUAACUAUGAAGUAGCAAACCGUAGAUUACAAAGUUUGAAGGGUAUGUUGUCGAAGGAUGUCAGUCUGCACAUCAAGUAUAUCGAAAGUACUGAAAGUGAUUUUACUAAGACUUAUGCGGAGAGGGUCUUUGAAAUAUAUCUGCAGUCUUAUUAUCGCCCUCGAUGGUAUUUACCUCAUCGUGCAAUAUUAAACAUGAAAAACCAGAUCUUAGAGUGGUCCUUGAUUGUGCCGCCCAGUUUGCAGGGGUUCCCCGAAAUGAUAUGAUUUAUCAAGAACUCGAUACUACCGUUGAGUUAAUGUGUAUAUUAUUAAGUUUUCGCAAGGAGGCAGUUGCAAUCCCUGCAGAUGUUGAAGAAAUGUUCAUGCAAGUGAAUGUCCCUGAGUCUGAUCGAGGAGCUUCAAGAUUUCUGUGGUGGCAGGAGGGGGACAUGUCGAGAGGACCGUCUGAGUUUCAAAUGACAACUCAUGCAUUUGGUGCCACAUCAUCGCCCUUUCGUGCGAACCUUGCCUUGAAUAAGACGGCCCAAAUAUUCUCUGACGAUUAUGAUAGUUAUGUCGUAGAUACUGUCAAGAAUAAUUUCUAUGUUGAUGAUUGCUUGAUAUCUAUUCCCACUUGUGAUCAAGCAAAGAGUUUCGUUAAGCAUAUAAGUGAAUUAUUAUGUAGAGGAAGUAUGCAAAAAUGACCGAUCUUGAAUCUUGGUUCAAAUGUCCUAUUUUAUUGCAUGGCGAGUUUUAUAUAACAAUCACUGACUGUACGGAACCUACUCUUGACGAUAUUGAGUUUAGAAAAACUGCUGUGGUUAACUUGAGUAGUAUAAAGUACAACAAGACACCUGUUCUCUUUUAUUAUUCCGAGUGGUUGAAAUUAGUCAGAGCUGUAACCUGGUUUAAAAGGUUCAUCGAAUUCCUGAUGGUACUUCGUUUGCCGAGUUGUGAAGGACCCGUUCAUCUAGGAUGUUUAAAGGUCAAAGAGCUUGAGAUUGCCAAGCGUAAGAUUUUAUUGAUGGCUCAGAGAGAAGUGUAUGGAGAAUUACUUAGUGAAUUUAAAAACAGCAGUAAAGUAGUAAGCCAUGAUGGUCUGAAAGGUUUAUCGUUGAUAAUGCUUGAUGGGUUACUCUGCGUUGGAGGUCGACUAAGAUACUCAGAUUUCCCAAAUGCUUUUAGAUAUCCAGUAAUUUUACCUAGUCGACACUUAGUGACGGAAAUGAUAAUUAGACAUUGUCAUAAAGAACAAGGACACGUAGGAAGAUCAUUAGAAAAAGGGUAUGGAUAUGUGUUUACUUGUUUGCAAACAUGGGCAGUACAUAUUGAAAUGAUGUGUAGUUUGAUUACUGAUUCAUUUUUAAUGGCUCUAUUACGUUUUAUUGGAAGAAGAAGGAAACCUCCAGAGAUUUACAGUGUCAGUGCGUCAAGCUUCGUGGGGACAGUUUCUGAGUUAAGCAAGUUUGUGCAGCAGUCGAAUCAGAAGAUAAACAUUGAAUUGUCAGCGAGGCCCUCAUCCAAAAGCAUGGGUGGAGUUUGGGGAAGAGUGAUUAGGUCUAUAUCACGACUGUUAUUGUUCAUCAUCAGAGAACAGGUGAAGCAGGCCUCCUUGAAGCUUUGGAUUAGUCUUUGUUGUUAUUAAUGUAGUUAGGUCGAGUAGGCGUACUGUUGUAAGUCCUACUCGUUCCUAUGGUGUGAUAUGUUAUAUAAUGAACCAUGACCGUAGGCAUCAAGGUAGCUUGUGCGGUAUGGAGGGAUUUUGGGGGCCGGUGUAAGAUCCAUUUUGAAUGUGUUGUGUGUUGGUGAAAAUCCCUCCAUGUAUAUACUUGUACUUUAUUCCUAUUGAUCACAUUAGUUGUACAUUGUUGUAUUUUGAUUACAUUUGAAUUGUUAAUAUUUGUAUUUUUGUUAUAGUUUUUGUUUUUAUUACGCAUUCACUAAGUUUGUGUUUCUUCCUGAACUGCAUCUGCGUUGUUUUACUUGACACUUGUUCUUGGCGGUAGCCAUAUUGAUUUGUUCCUCCUGUUGUGUGUGAUCUAUCCAGUCAGGAUAGAAUAACGUUCAUUUGUUGUGAUUGGUAAUUUUUCCUCAUCUUCUAUCAACUUCUUUACUUAUUGUAAUUUAGAUUUAAUUGAUUGAACAAUCAUUGGUUGAAUAGCCGGGUGAUAAUAUUUGUUUAGGUAAUGAUUUACAUUAAAUUUAUUAUGAAUUAUAGAACCGCUAGUUA